AUGUUCCGCGGAGUGAAGUUCGUCUUCGUCGAGAGUCUCGACUCCAUAUGGACGCGGGCCCCGGCCGGCCGCCGGCCGGCCCUGUUCGCCGCCGUCUGCCGUAGCCGCGCGUGCGAGGACCGCAGUCGGCUGCCAGCGUACCCCCACACGACCGAUAUAGGCGGGCAGGCGUCACGCGCGGCCGGCAGCGCCAUGAAGAGGACCAUCUACACACCCAAGGCAGCGCCAGCCAUUGGCCCGUACAGCCAAGCGGUGCUGGUGAACGACACGCUGUACGUGUCCGGCCAGCUGGGGAUCGAUGCCACCUCCGGAGAACUGUGCCAAGGCGUGGAGGCGCAGACGCGCCAGGCGCUGGAGAACAUGGGCCACAUCCUGCAGGAGGCCGGCAUGACACACGCGGACGUCGUUAAAGCGACGGUUCUUCUUCUCGCCGACAUGAACGACUUCUCCAAAGUCAACGAAGUCUACAAGACAUUUUUCACCAGUGAUUUUCCGGCCCGGGCGGCCUACCAAGUGGCAGCACUGCCUAAGGGCGGGAUGGUGGAGAUCGAGGCGAUCGCCUUCAAGUGCUCCGACGGCGACAGCAGGCUCUAGCGCCUGACUGACAUCGGCACCCCAGUCCCUGCCGUCGGACCCCGGCCCCCCGUCGGUGCGCCGGCCAAGCCCAGCGUCGAUGAGAUUCCCGGCCGUGUCGCCCGCCUCCCGCCGGCAGCCUUCGACCGUCGACCGUCGCCGCCGACGCCGCCUGUCGGAGGCAGCCUCUUCACGGCGAGCCGGUCCGCGCCGUGGUAGCUGACGUGGAUCGCUGUACGGUAUUCUGGGCCGCUCCAGUGUGGCAUGUGCCGAGUGCCGACGGAUGGAAACCAGUUGCAAGGAGAGGAGGGUAGGGCUGGUGUUGCGUUUAUGAUCGUACACGGCUUGGAACAGAUUUGAUCGCGGCUAAACGCUGGAUUUGGGGAAAGCUGCAAUAUGGUGAAUAAAGUCAAUAAAGGAGACAGUGACUGCUGGCA